UUCUUCUUCCUUUUCACAUAGUUUGCUCUUGUGUGAUCACUUCAGCAAUCUUCUUCUUGACCUAUAUUCUCUUCACAAGCUAGCAAGAUCCCAAGUUAAUUCAUAAUGGGUUGCUUGAGUUUAUGCAAACAGUGGAUUCUCUUAACCAAGCCGCUGUCUGUGAUUCUCAAGCUCAAUUGUCAGGAGGCUUGUAAUGGGUACUGGCACUGUUAUGGAGGAAAGGAUGACGAAGGACGUUGAGGAUUUCACCAUCGAUGGAUCCACUGAUUGGCAUGGCCGUCCUGCUGUUCGAGCAAGAUCCGGAACUUGGGUGUCCGGAAGUUUAAUCCUAGUGAAUCAAGGGUUGGCAACUUUGGCAUUUUUUGGAGUGGCAGUGAAUCUGGUGCUGUUUCUGACGAGGGUUAUGGGACAAGACAACGCAAACGCAGCCAACAACGUGAGCAAGUGGACUGGAACUGUCUAUAUGUGUUCCCUUGUCGGAGCCUUCCUUAGUGACUCCUACUGGGGAAGGUAUAGGACUUGUGCUAUCUUCCAAGCCAUCCUUGUUCUUGGUCUUGGCCUGUUAUCUCUCACAUCGUACAAGUUUUUACUAAGUCCUAGUGGCUGUGGAGACGAAAAACUCAGUUGUGGAUCCCAUUCGUCUCUCCAUGAAGCGUUGUUCUACCUCUCAGUAUACCUUGUAGCUCUAGGAUAUGGAGGAUACCAACCCAACAUUGCUACAUUUGGCGCGGAUCAGUUUGAUGAAGGAGACCCAAAAGAAGGACGCUCAAAGAUAGCAUUCUUCAGCUAUUUCUAUUUGGCUCUCAACCUUGGAUCUCUCUUCUCCAACACAGUGUUGGGUUAUUAUGAGAAUGAGGCUUUGUGGACUCUAGGGUUUUGGGCUUCGGCAGGAUCUGCUACUCUUGCCUUGAUCUUGUUCCUUUGUGGAACUACGAGGUACAGGUACUUUAAACCAGGUGGCAAUCCUUUUCCUAGAUUUUGCCAAGUUUUUGUAGCUGCAACGAGAAAAUGGAAAGUCAACGUGGGGUCUGAUGAGGACAAGCUUUUUGAAGUUGAAGAAUAUUCCAGGGGAGGGAGAAAGAUACUCCACACUGAAGGAUUUAGAUUCUUGGAUAAAGCAGCAUUUAAAACACCUGAGGAUCACUUGAGCGAGAAGGAAGAAAAUAACUUCAAUCCAUGGCAUCUUUGCACAGUGACCCAAGUAGAAGAAGUGAAAUGCAUUCUAAGACUACUCCCAAUUUGGCUAUGCACUAUAAUCUACUCGGUUGUUUUCACUCAAAUGGCAUCAAUCUUUGUAGAACAAGGUGCAGCAAUGGACACUAGAAUUUCAUCAUCUUUCAAAAUUCCCCCGGCAAGCAUGUCAUGCUUCGACAUCCUCAGUGUCGCCGCCUUCAUCUUCAUUUAUCGGCGAGUUCUUAACCCUCUGGUCGCCCGAAGAAACAAGAACAAAGGACUCACUGAGCUGCAAAGGAUGGGAAUAGGACUCAUCAUAGCAAUGAUGGCCAUGGUUUCAGCAGGAGUGGUAGAACAUUUUAGGUUAAAAAAUGCUACAGAUGAAGAAUCAAGUUCACUGAGCAUCUUUUGGCAGACACCACAAUAUGUACUUAUAGGAGCUUCAGAGGUAUUUAUGUAUGUUGGUCAAUUAGAGUUCUUCAACGGGCAAGCACCUGAUGGAUUAAAGAGCUUUGGAAGUGCACUUUGUAUGACUUCAAUGUCACUAGGAAAUUAUGUUAGUAGUUUAAUUGUUGCCAUUGUUAUGAAGAUUUCUCAGAGAGGUGAGAGCUUAGGAUGGAUCCCAUCAAAUCUUAACAAGGGACACUUGGACAGGUUUUAUUACCUUUUAGCAGCAUUGACCGCCAUAGAUUUUGCAGCUUACAUUGCUUGUGCUAAGUGGUAUAGGCCUGUCAUAUUUGAAGAAAGGAGUGAAGAAGACAUCACCCCAGAGCUUAGGGUUUAGGGAUUUUGGAUCUUAUAAGCCAAUAUUUAACUUUAUUAUUAUUAUUAUUAUUAUUAUUGUAAAAUUAGUUGUACGUUGUGUUAUAGUAGUUUGUAUUAGAGGAAGCGUGUGUCUUAUUACUUGCUGUGAAACAGGAGGAAUGAUGAUUUUUCUCCAUUUCUCUGUGUGGAGCAAAAUGUCAAGUUAUACAAAAUGCAGCGGUUUAUUGUAAUUUAAUUUAUAUUUUGGAAUCGUCGUGUUUUGCUGGAUUUCCAUGUAAUAUAAAUAUAAAUGAAAUAAUUUACAGUGAUGAAUUGGAUGUGGA